UCGUCGCGCGACGAUCGUUCUCGCGUCUUAAAAUCUUGAUCGUUGCACGAGACGCUCUGUCUAUAAGAGCGCUCGCCGUCUCGUGAAAUUCCGUGGUCCGCUAAUGCGUGGCGUUUCAGAGAGCUCCCCGACUCGCGCAAUGGCGGAGGAUUUGGAUGUCGAGGCGAUGUUGGAGGCGCCUUACAAGAAGGGGGAGCAGGACUCCUCUUCCAAAGACAAGUCCUCCAAGGAGAAUGGGUCUAGUCGCAAAUCGUCUGGGAAGAGCAAACAUCGCUCGCGUUCUCGUUCACGAUCCCGAGAUCGCGAUCGCCGAGACAAAGAUCGACGGGAUCGCGACAGAGACAGGGACCGAGAUCGCGAUCGGGACAGGGAUCGCGAUCGCGACCGCGAUCGUCGGCGCAGGUCGAGAUCGCGCGACAGACGAGAUCGGGACAGGGAUCGUGAUAACGAUCGAGAAAGGGAUAGGCGAGACAGAGAUCGAGACAGAGACAGAAGAAGAAAGAGAUCGUUAACACCAUUAACUCUUCCUAGAGCCCGACCACCAUUCGGCAAAGGCCACAGUCCUCUUGGAAUAAACGAUGAAUUAACACCAGAAGAGCGAGAUGCUAGGACUGUCUUUUGUAUGCAGUUAAGCCAGCGAAUUCGUGCACGAGAUCUGGAAGAAUUCUUCUCAAGUGUCGGCAAAGUGCAAGAUGUUAGACUAAUUACAUGUAACAAAACUCGAAGAUUUAAAGGUAUUGCUUAUGUGGAAUUCAAAGAUCCAGAAAGUGUGACACUUGCUCUUGGUUUGUCGGGUCAAAAACUUCUUGGGGUGCCUAUCGUAGUACAACAUACACAAGCUGAAAAGAAUCGCAUGGGUAAUUCGAUGCCGAACCUAAUGCCUAAAGGACAAACGGGACCUAUGCGAUUAUAUGUAGGAUCUUUGCACUUUAAUAUCACGGAAGAUAUGCUUCGCGGAAUCUUUGAACCUUUUGGAAAAAUUGAUAACAUACAGUUAAUAAUGGAUCCCGAAACAGGGCGGAGCAAAGGUUACGGUUUUCUGACAUUCAGAAAUGCAGACGAUGCAAAGAAAGCAUUGGAACAGUUGAAUGGAUUCGAACUUGCUGGUAGACCUAUGAAAGUUGGAAAUGUAACAGAACGAACGGAUUUAAUUCAAGGACCUUCUCUUCUCGAUACUGACGAAUUAGAUCGUAGUGGAAUUGAUCUUGGAGCAACUGGAAGAUUACAACUAAUGUUCAAAUUGGCGGAAGGUACUGGUCUAGAAAUUCCUCCUGCUGCAGCAAACGCUUUAAAUAUGGCACCAGUGAUGACUCAACCACAGCCACCACCUCAGGCUGCACCUCCUAUCGCGACACAAUGCUUUAUGUUAUCGAAUAUGUUCGAUCCGCAAAAUGAAACGAAUCCUAAUUGGGCAAAAGAAAUUCGUGACGACGUGAUCGAAGAAUGUAACAAGCACGGCGGUGUAUUGCACGUAUACGUUGAUCAAGCGUCGCCGCAGGGCAAUGUCUAUGUCAAAUGUCCAUCGAUCGCGACUGCUGUGGCGGCGGUGAAUUCGCUGCAUGGUCGAUGGUUUGCCGGUCGCGUCAUAACCGCAGCCUACGUACCAGUGGUGAAUUAUCACUCUUUGUUCCCUGACGCAAUGACCGCGUUGCAAUUGUUGGUGCCGAGUGCGCCGCGAAGAGGAAUGUGAUAAUCUUAAAUGAGCGAACAUGCGAGCGAGCAACAAUCGUUUACUAAUAUGUAAAUUUCUUGCAUAGCAUUGCGUUCUCUUCUCUAUCUCGCAUACUCUUGUUGUCCGAUGCAAUCACAUUUUCUUAUUCGUUAAUAAGGCGGGAAAGGAAAUACUCUAACGGUUUCAACGGUCGUAUGUUGAGGUAUCACUUGUGUCACAUUACAUAAAUUCACUGUAGCUACGGACUUAGGAAUAGACGAAGUCUAAAAUCCUACUUGAGGUAUACACACAUAUGCGCAUGUAUACACGUAUAAUACGUCACGUUCCUUGUGGUUCCAUGUGUGCGAUUUAUGAAACAAAUAUGGUGGACUCACUCGCCGCGAACGUGUCUCACCUCUUUAACUUUAUUCUUUUAUUCCUGAGUCCGCAGCACAUCGCUAAACAUUAAGUUCGAAUCGUCUUGUUAAUGGCACAUGCAUUAUUCACGUGAAAUCUGAUAGUAAUGGAGAUUGAUCGUAGACAAAGAUUGUAUGAAUUUGUUCAAAAUUUUGCAUUUGGCUAUUUCAAAUAUAUGUGAAAGGAUG